GCUACCUAAAAGAAGACAGUGAUCGCACAUUUGGCUGUCAGCUUUUUAUCUUUCCUUUGCCAUUUAAGACUUAGACUUCCUGCCUUCCUGGCAUCAUGGAGAAAGUCCAAUACCUCACUCGCUCUGCUAUAAGAAGAGCUUCAACCAUUGAAAUGCCUCAACAAGCACGUCAAAAUCUCCAGAACCUAUUUAUCAAUUUCUGUCUCAUCUUAAUCUGUCUCUUGCUGAUCUGCAUAAUCGUGAUGCUUCUCUGAUGUUCGGCUGCAAUGUCCAGUGCUGCAACUUAUCACCAUCAGCUUCAAAUCUGUCAUCCCACGAAGAGGGGAAAACAAUACCAUAUAACAGACCACUUCCUAAGUAGAAGAAUUUCUUUGUGAAAAGGUCAAGAUUCAGAACAAAACAAAUUCUUAGCAAAUGUAUUCAUCUGCCAGAUCUUGUAAACAUGAAAAGGGCCUUAUUUUCAAAAGUUAACUUUAAAAUGACUCUAAGUAUGCAUAAUGUAACUGUUGAUUUCCUCAACAGAGCUUGUAAGUUUCUAUCCCAAAUCUUUUCUGAGGAUGAACUAGAGGUUUAGUUUUGAAACUGCACUGCUAACAAGUUCACUUCAUAUAGAAAGCAUUAGCUUCACCCUUUGGGCUAAAUAUAAUUUAUAUUGUACUGUAAAA